AUGGCGGAUGUCUCCGAUGAUUCAGGUGAAAGCUCUCUCUCAGAUCAUGACGACAUGAGCAUCCCGCAAGACUCCACGCCAUCUCAAAGCCAUGUGGCAGAUGAGAGCCUAGCCGUCGAUGAUGCAGAGAAUCCCCUUCAGCUUCUCGCCCGAGCUUCUGACAUGCAUGUUUCUCCGAAACCAGUGGGCGAGGUUUCCACCGCUGAGAUCAUCCACAACCACCAACGCCCGCGCCAGAAUAAACAAACCGAAAAGCUGUCCGAGAUUGAAAAAUUCUUCAAGUUCACACAAUUCUCCCUUGACUGCGGUCCUGAUCUCGAUCCCAUUGAUCUUGGCUUACUUACGACGGAGGAGGCAGGGUCUCUUUUUGGCUUCUUUCAUAAGAGUCUUGCCCACACCAGAUGGGGACUGGAUCCAAUAUUAUACACGGCCUCCUUUACACGCUCACGUUCAGCCUUCCUCUUCACUUCAAUAUGUGCCGCCGCCGCCCUCUUCAUGCCAACACAAGGAGCCCUGUCGCGGAGGUUAUCCAAUCACUGUAAAACUUUGGUCAACCGCAUCAUGGUCGACCGGUACCGAUCUGUCGAAAUCAUCCUUGCCUUCAUGGUCAACGUCCCCUGGAUGUUUCCUGGAAAACACAGCACCGACGACGAGACGUGCUGGUAUGUCUCCAUGGCCACCACCAUGGCUCUGGACCUGUCUCUACACAAGAUCGUGGUUUCUAUGGAUGCCCUACGAGACGGCAGCUACAACAGAGGUAUUGCACGGGCAGACUGCAUUGACCCCAAGGUCGCGUUAUCGCUCGAUGGCUUUGGAGAUGUUGAUUCCGAAUCAGAACUAGGGAGACGGCUGUUGCGGCGGAGGGAGAGAUGUUGGAUUGCGUUGUUUGUUCUGGAGCGAGGAAUGUGCCUAGCGCGAGGCAGAACACACCCCUCCUUACCUCCAUUUUACCUCCCACUAACACUAGUGAAAGAACAUCGCCUCCCACCCUACGUCCAAAUCCUCGUCACGCACACCCGCCUCUCCAUCUACAGCAGCGUAAUUAACCACCCCACCGCGCCCACCGAAGUCCGCCACUUCUUCCACGCCGCCGGUCUCUCCUCGGCCCUAAACGUCAUGCGCUCCGCCAUCCAAGGCGAAGAGCAGCUCUCCAGCAUGCCCAACAACACGGCCAUCAUGAUCUCCUUCGCCGCCUGCUUUGCCCUGCGCCUCAGCGGCCAGCUUUCCGGCGGGACCUCCAGCUUGGCGCCCAGCGUCCGGACGCUGAUCGAGGAGACGGCGGGCGUGCUGGAACGGAUAGGCACCGCUACGGAACAUCGCAAUGGCAUGUCGACGCUGUAUGGGAAAUACCUAAAGUACAUCGUCAAGAAAGCGGCGGCUGCUGCUGCGACCUCAUAUGAGCAACUCGCUUCAACAGUGCGUCCAAGGAACGGGAACGGGACGACAAUGUCAUCGGACCGAGGCGGUCAGGGCCCGCCCGUGGCUUUCUCCCGACACGGUGGGCCAUCCGCAUCUUCGUCAGCAGCAGCAGCACUAGCAGCAUAUCAACGCAGCAGCAGCAACCAGCAAGGGACUGCCACCGCAACAAGUAUAGGCGGCGUCGGCGGCGUCGGCGUCGGCGGUAGCGGCGGCUAUAGCAGCAACAGUGUGCCGACAGAUGCUGCCGCUUUGGGCGGUCCAUCGUCGUCAGUCUUCGAGUCAUCAUCAACACCCUCCUCCUCCCUAUGGGCAGCCACGGAACCGAUCCUGCUCCAGUUCUCGUCCAUGUCCGAUGACCAAAUACGCGAGGCGCUGAAUAACGAAUUUCAUGUUGAUCAGGCUACGACUACUACUACUUCAAACCCAAACAGCAUGUAUCACCAUCAACAUAAUCAUGUUGGUGGCGGCAACCCGGGACUGUCGUCGCUGUGGGAUGAUGCGGCGGUUUGCCGGAUUGGUUGA